AUGUUUGACUAUAAAUCUGAUGGUGAAUCAUCUGAUUCAGAAGAUGAAGAUAUUAAAAGUGAAAGCAGUAAAAGUCAUAAAAGUGAACCUCUAAUUAAAAAUAAUAUUAUAAAUUUAAAUAAUAAUAAUAAGGAAACAUUGGCACACACCACUGUUAACAGUAACAGUAGUACUAAUAACAAUAAGAGAAAGAUAGUAAAUAGCAGCACAUCACUUUUUAGAGAUAAUCAAAAUGAUAAUAUAAGAGAAACGAAAAGACAAUCAACUGAAUCAUCGUCAUCAAAGAAUGAUCAACACUCAAACUCUUUUUUAGCAUCACUUCCUGCACCUAAAUCCUCAACGACUUCGACCAAUACGCAAAAGAAUAACAACAAUAACAGUAUAGCUAAAGAAAGUAAUAAGAAUACAACAAAUAAGAAUAAUAAUAACAGCAAUAUAGAUAAUGAAUUGAACGAAAAUGAAAAAAAGAUAAUUAAUAACUCAAUGAUACCUGGUGCACUAAGGAAGAAUAUGUUAAAGAAAUUAAAAGAAAAUAAUAAUAAUAAUAAUACCGAUGUAAAUAAGAACAAUAAAAAUAAAGUUGAAUCAAUGAAGGCUAAUGAUAAUGUGAAACAGAAAAAAGAUAGCCAAGUGGAAGAAAAAGAAGAGGAAGAAGAAAUAUCAUUCUUUUCAUUUGGUGAUGAAACUUCUGAAUCUAUCGAUGAAGAACAAUUACAGAAAGAGAUUGAAGAACAACAAGCAUUACAACAACAACAACAACAACAUCCUUUGACAGCAGGUGAAUCAGAUUACCAAUAUGAAAAUGGCUAUGGUUAUGAGUAUGAAAAUGAAGAUGAAGAAAAUGGCGGUGUUGACGAAUACUCUCAAGAAUACUAUGAGUACCAACAACAACAACAGCAAUAUCAACAAAUGGAACAAUUUCAAAAUAGACAUUUCGAUAGAUAUAAUAUUGAAAAAUCAGCAUCUGGAAUUGUGGAAAUCAAUCAGAGCAGUCUACUGGCAUCAGACCAACAGAGAAUCCGAGAUCUUAGAGAGAGACAAUCGCAAUUGGGACCAAGAGCACCGUCGUCCUCUGGAUCACACCGAGCUAAACACCAGUGGACAAGUCUCCUAACAGAUUUUCACGCAAAAAAGCAACAAAUCGCUGAGAAAAAAUUGGAAAAUCAGCAUGCGAACUUGUCAUCAACCAGUAGUGCUCUGGAUCAUCAAUAUCUUCAUCAACAACAGCAGCUCUCAGAGAUGAUGAAGGAGGAUGAGGACGAUCAGGAGUUGCUGAGUAAUCUCAACUUUAAGCCACCCGAUCGUUCCACCUCUGCGCCGCCCAUUCUCUCUCUGAACAGUAACUCUCUCUUUGCAUUUCGUGCCAACGACAUCUUCUACGACAUUCGAUGCGAUGAGAACUACUUUGAGUUCUACCACAAACACCAGAAUCAAGACAAGCUGCCGCCACCCCUUGAAACAACACCCUCCUUCUACAACAUUCCUGAUUUCGACGAAGCCGGUGCCGAUGUCAUUACCAACAAUGGAUUCAAUGAAGCAUUUUUCAGACAAAACAUUAUGGGUAUGAUACAACAACAUCAGCAACAACAACAACAGCAGCAACAGUUGUAUCAACAAAUGCAAAGACAACAGCAACAACAACAACAACAACAGCACCAGCAACAAUACUAUCAACAACAACAAAAUAAGCAGCAGCAACAACACUCAUACCAACAGCAGCAGCAUCAACCGCACCCACAACAACAAUACUUUGCUCAACAGCAACAUAAGCCACAACACAAGAGCAAUAGUAACUUGUCUUCAUAUCUUCAAAACAAUCAACCGAGCAACCUUCAAAAAGAUAACUACAGUCCAUUUAAUAACAAGUCAUAUUUUGAGAUGUCAGGUGCAGCUGCACAGGGAGCCAAUACGCAACAGCAACAACAGCAGCAACAACAACAACAAUGGUCCGGCCCUCCACCAGGAAUGGGCAAUCUCCCAAGAAACAUCGGUCAAUUAAACCACAUGAACAACGACCAGCAGCACUUUAACGGACAGCCAAACAAGGUGGUAGGCAACGGAGACGAAAUGAUGAUCAAGUCAUCCUACGAGGUUGCAAUGUCCACUGUCAACCGUCUAAUGGAAGAGGGAAUGAACAUCGGUGGACCACUGACAAAGAGCACCUCCAACUCUGGACUGCACAAGGCAUUCGAACCACAGCCCCGCAUCGUCCAACCCCAAGCCAUCUCUAGCAAGAUUCACGCCCCCACUCCAAUAUCCUCCUCCAACAAGAUCAUCGGUGGUGAUAUUGAGUCAUCGUUCGAGCGAUUCUACAUUGAUCCUCCAUCUGCAGCCAUCAACGCACUCGAGAAAAAGAAUCAACAUCAUCAUCAACAGCAACAACAGCAGCAGCAACAGAAUAAUAUUAUACCAUCUAGAACGCCAACUCCACCAAACAACAAUGAUAUCUCUUCACCUUCACAAGUCUGUCGAUACUACACCCAAGGUUAUUGUAGCAGAGGAAGCAAAUGCAACUACGUCCACGAUCAUGAUGAAAAGUUAGCAUCUGCAUCUGAACCAUUGCAACAGCAGCAACAACAGCAACAACAGCAGCAACAACAGCAGCAACAGCAACAGCAACAGCAUCACCACCAGUCACAACAGCAACAAUCAUAUAAUGAAAAGAACUCACCAAAUGUUACACAAUCGCCAAUUGGUAAGCUCAACAACUCGACUGGUGUCUCCAAUAGUAAUCACAACUCUCCAUCGUCUGCCUCAUCUAACCACUCUAAUAAUAAUAAUAACAAUAAUAAUAAGAAGAACCAGAGAAAGAGCUUACCAACUAAUCAUUCAGUUGGAAACAAUAACAACAACAACAACAGUAACAAUCAUAAUAAUAAUAAUAAUGAUAACGAAAAGAAGAGUGGUGGAAACAAACAAAACAAUAUGGGUGGUAAUAGCAAUAGCAAUAAUAGCAAGCAACAAGCAGCGGCAGCAGCAGCAGCGGCAGCCACUCUCACAUCACAGCCAUCGCUCGAUAUCAAUGGUAAGAUCGAGAUGAUUUCAAACAAACAAUAUACCUCGAUUGAGCAGCUCACCGGUUCCAUCUACCCAUUGUGCCGAGACCAACACGGUUGUCGUUUCCUCCAGAAGAAAUUGGAAGAUGGUGACGAACCACUCACUGAAAUCAUAUUCAAAGAGGUCUGUGAGUACAUGUUGGAGUUGAUGACCGAUCCAUUCGGUAACUACCUCUGUCAGAAGUUGCUCGAGCACUGCAACGAUCGUCAGCGUCUGAUGAUCAUUGACAAGGUUGGACCUGACAUUGUGCGUAUCUCAAUGAACAUGCACGGAACACGUGCCGUUCAAAAGAUGAUCGAGUUCCUCACCACACCCGAGCAGAUUGCACUCAUCAAGAAAUCACUGGCAAACUACGUCGUGCCAUUGAUCCAAGAUCUCAACGGUAAUCACGUCAUCCAGAAAUGCCUUAAUAAGCUAUCGCCACCCGACAACCAAUUCAUCUACGAUUCGGUGUCGUCCUCAGCCAACUGUAUCGCCGUAGCCACACAUCGUCAUGGUUGCUGUGUAUUGCAGCGAUGCAUCGACCACGCUUCCGAGUCGCAAAAGUUCCAGUUGAUCAACGAAGUCAUUUCCAACUCGUUGGUUCUCGUCCAAGAUCCAUUCGGUAACUACGUUGUCCAGUACGUCCUGGACUUGCCAUUCCCCGGUCUCGCCACCGAGAUGGCCAAACGUUUCUUGGGUAACGUACCAAUUUUGGCCACCCAAAAGUUUUCGUCGAAUGUAGUAGAGAAGUGUUUGCACGUCGCCGACCCAAUGACUCGUGGAAACUUGAUCCAAGAGAUCAUCGACUGUGACAUUCUUCACAACCUACUACAGGAUCCAUUCGCAAACUAUGUCAUCCAAACUUCACUAACCAUCGCUGAGCCACACCAACACACCAAGUUGGUCGAGGCAAUUCGUCCACAUCUCCCCAUGUUGAAAAACACUCCAUACGGAAAACGUAUUCAAAAUAAGAUCAUGAAGGAGGGUAGAGAAUAUUUUUAA